UUCCGAAAUAUGUCCCCGCUCUCCACUUUCUUCCCGUGACUUUCGCUCUUACGCCUGACUAUUGCGCAUAUACAAGUGAACCGUUGACAUAUAGAGGUCUUUGCAUUAGCGCGUACAGUGUACGCAGUUCCUCCAUUCUCCGGCAUACGCUCCCAAUUUCCCCCCUCCACGGAAUUGGACUACAGAAAAAUUGGACAUUUAUACCCGCUGAAAAUACGUUUCUCCCCCCACUGCAGUGUCUCAUCCCCCCGCCAUCAAACUCAUGGGCUCUCCGAGGAAAGAUUCUAGUUUAAAGGGCAUUAAUGACAGUGGAGAUGCGCCUCGCCGAACUGUAGGCGAAAUUGCGAGAGAGAAAAGGCUACGUGACGACCCGAUGGCAGAGGUUCUUGGCCCACUCUUCGUCACCUGCAAACGCUGUGGAAACCGUAUAAAACUAUCCCCGAAGAGUCUGUAUGAUCCUUUCCAUUGGCUGAAACACCGCGAACGUUGUUUGAAGAAACCGGUCGGGGGUACCCGUGCCACCAGUCGUCCUUCGAGGGAAAUAAUAGUUGAACAAAGAUCCCCUGCUUCAUCGUCUAAUACAGACCCCGACAAUCUCACACCACCACCUUCAUUGACUCCGAAUGACGAUCGACAGGGGAUUCCUGCCGUUGUAAAAGAAAGCUCGUCUUCACCUGAGCCGGAGGAGGUGGUCAUGGACACCUCAACGAAACUUGAUGACUUGCCUCUGGUAGAUCAUGGACCCUGGCAAUCUUGGUCGUGGUCUGAUUUGAGACUUCCAGCCUGGUUGGUAGAUAUCAAUCAUAUGCAUGAAGACGACGGCGACGACGACGAGCCUCCUCGAGUAACCAUAAUAGAGCGCGGCUCAACUCCAACUCUGCAUCCGGGCACGCAUCCUCAAGACAACUCCUGAAAUCAUAUCAUAUACCGUUGUUGUAUCACAUCUAUGUGUUAUAAGUGCUCUUAUUGCUUUGUUUUCUCCAUUUGCAUCACCAGUACUUUACCAUACGCAUAUAACUAGCUACCACAUUUGCCCAUACCAGCAUACCACAGUAGCCAGCAUUAAUUUACGCAUUCUAUGAUCUUCACUACUAUUAUUAUGGAUAGCAUUUCUUCUUAUCCAAGUCUAAGUAUUUCUUGAUAUAAUUUCAUGGUCUUGUGCGGGGGGCUGAUGAAUGCCGCUCUGUAGAAGAUAAACUAUCGCAGAAUCUUGGCUUGCUCGAGAACCUCUGGAUAAUUAUCAGUAUUAUUU